AUGAGGUACCCUACUACCUGGGAGGUGUAUGUACAUCUGUACUUUGAACGUACCGAUACCGAUACUGCAGACGGAGAAGAGAUUCCCAGGCCCAGGCACUGUACAGAAGAUGUAUCAGAGAGAGAAUGGGAACGCCUCCAGACGCGAUUGCCUAGACGGGAGGAGAAGAAGCUCAAGUCGGGUCCCUGUAUCCAUUCCACCGGUAUCACCUUGGACCCUACGGCGGGACCCGCAACGACGCACGUGAAUCCGCUUCACUAUCCCAGUAUACCUGAACAACUGGAAUUACAGCAAGCACGGGCAGGCGGGCACUAUGAGGGAAAACCUCAUAAACGAUCGGAACGAGCUGUAAUCAUUACCUCCUACGGUAUCACCUGA